UUAUUAUUAAAAUGAACGAGCCGGAAGGUUCAAUGGCAUCGUGAGUGUCCAUCUCUAUCAAAACCACGAGAGCUCAAUCAACUCUAAAAAAGCUGGAAUCACUUCUAAAGCAAAGAAAUCGUAAACUUCAGAUGCAUUUAAGAAAAUUUUCAGAGACUAAGCGAGCCCGGAAUGUCAAGCAAGCCCAAAUGAUAUGAAAUUUAGAUAGUGAAAUAAAAGAUUUAUUGGCCCAGAAAUCGCAGGCCUACACAACUCUAACAACAAUUCUUAACAAUGAGCUAGAGAAAGUUGAUAACCAAACUAAAAGGAGGAAAGACUACCUUUCCAGGAACAACAUUAGACCCUCAACAGCAUUUGAGUACAUACAAUCUGAGAAUAUGUCGAAAGAUUCUCUCAGGACUACAAAUGACCUUUAUUCUAGUAAAAAUAAGGACUUCAAGGCCAAAUCUGGCGUUGACUCCCAAUCAUGCGGUGACUCCUUAAUAACAGCAAGAAGGAGUUAUCCUAAAUCAGUUAUGAGCUGUCUUAAGUCUCCAUCUCAGUUGGAUUCUCUCUCAAUAUUUGAAUCUUCUCCAAUCCUAAAAAGGAUGAAGCUUUCUGAAUCAGAUGAAAAAGAGUAUUCUGGAGAUAAUUUUAACCUUAGUGAAAGUUGCUCCAAAGCAUCUUCUCAGCCUCAACUCUUGCGGAAAUCCAAGCGGAAGAAGAGGAAAUCCAAAAUUUUGAGGGAGGCCAUUGGCGAAGAUGAAGAGAUUCCGCCAAAACCAGUCAAACGAGCUAAAAGAACCAAAGUGGAUCAAGAGAUCAGUCGAAUUAUUGCACUUGACAAAGCUGCCAAGAAGCAAGAAGAAAUCAUCUCAAGGAAUAACAUGAACAAUUAUUUAGGAGAGCUGAAGGAUAAUCACAAUAAUGACGAUUCUGAAUAUUUCUGAUUCUGCCAAACCAUUUCUUUUGGAAACAUGGUCGCCUGAGAUCGAAAAGAAUGCCCAAUAGAAUGGUUCCACUUCGAUUGAGUCGGUCUCACCACAAUGCCAGAAGGAAAUUGGUACUGUCAAAUGUGAAAAGAAAAGGUAGAUGAAUAAGCGCAAAUGGCUGGUGUGGGGCUCUUACUUGCCAAAUUUCUCAACCAUCGAGUGUAAGAUAACUCUAACUAAUUAGCUUUUAACGACUUAAGGCUUUACGUUAAUUUAAACCUAUGUUC